AUGUUAUUUGAGCAGGGUGCGCAGGCCCUGGAGCUUCCUGAGUGCACCAUGCAGAAGGCUGCGUACUAUGAGAACCCAGGACUCUUUGGAGGCUAUGCAUACAGCAAAGCCACCGACGCUUAUGGCUACAGCACUCCUCAUCAGCCCUACCCACCCCCUGCUGCUGCCAACUCCCUGGACAAUGACUACCCAGGUUCUGCCUGCUCCAUCCAGAGCUCCACACCUCUCCGAGCCCCAGCCCAUAAAGGGGCUGAACUCAAUGGUAGCUGCAUGAGGCCUGGAACUGGGAACAGCCAGGGUGGGGGUGGUGGCAACCAACCUCCUGGUCUGAACUCAGAGCAGCAGCCGCCACAACCUCCUCCUCCACCACCUACCUUGCCCCCGUCUUCACCCACCAAUCCUGGAGGUGGAGUGCCUGCCAAGAAGACCAAGGGUGGGCCCAAUGCCUCUAGUUCUUCAGCCACCAUCAGCAAGCAGAUCUUCCCCUGGAUGAAAGAAUCCCGACAGAACUCCAAGCAGAAGAACAGCUGUGCCACUUCAGGAGAGAGCUGCGAGGAUAAGAGCCCCCCGGGCCCGGCGUCCAAGAGAGUGCGCACUGCCUACACGAGCGCGCAGCUGGUGGAGCUGGAGAAGGAGUUCCACUUCAACCGCUACCUGUGCCGGCCGCGCCGCGUGGAGAUGGCCAACCUGCUGAACCUCACCGAGCGCCAGAUCAAGAUCUGGUUCCAGAACCGCCGCAUGAAGUACAAGAAGGACCAGAAGGCCAAGGGCAUUCUGCAUUCUCCCGCGGGCCAGUCCCCGGAGCGCAGCCCUCCUCUCGGAGGGGCGGCGGGCCACGUGGCCUACUCCGGCCAGCUGCCGCCGGUGCCCGGCCUGGCCUACGACGCACCCUCGCCUCCCGCUUUCGCCAAAUCGCAGCCCAACAUGUACGGCCUGGCCGCCUACACGGCGCCGCUCAGCAGCUGCCUGCCGCAGCAGAAGCGCUACGCCGCGCCCGAGUUCGAGCCGCACCCCAUGGCGAGCAACGGCGGCGGCUUCGCCAGCGCCAACUUGCAGGGCAGCCCGGUGUACGUGGGCGGCAACUUCGUCGACUCCAUGGCGCCCGCGUCUGGGCCGGUCUUCAACCUGGGCCACCUCUCGCACCCGUCUUCGGCCAGCGUGGACUACAGCUGCGCCGCGCAGAUCCCUGGCAACCAUCACCACGGACCCUGCGACCCUCACCCCACCUACACAGAUCUCUCGGCUCACCACUCCUCUCAGGGACGCCUGCCCGAGGCCCCCAAACUGACACAUCUGUAGCGGUUACCACCGGCCUGGCGCAAUCACCUCUCUGGUUUUGGUGGCGGGGGUGGUGGGGGCGGGGCGGGGCCCGAGGGGCAGCUCGGGGGGGGGGGGAACCCCUCCCCGAUCUGGCCUGGCCAGAAGCCUCACGAAUCUGGGGCCUGCAGCGGCCGAGGCUAAGGCUCCCGGGCCUCCGGGCGCUCCGGGCGCGCCCGCCUUUGGGUGGCUCUCCAUAAAUCAGCCGCAAGGAUCCUCCCCCGAGAACCUGCCGGCGCCCUACGCUGCCGGCCGAGGGACUCUAAUCUGGUAAUGGUGUCCCUAAGGUAAGUCCGAGACCCACCCGUGGCGUGUCCCGGAGAGGGACUAGAGCCCGGAGAAUGCCGGGCCCGGCCCCUCCGUCUAGCUUAGUUUCAGAGACCUUAAUUUAUGACGCUCCUUCCCCCACCUGUAAAGAUUGCAUCGGACUAAACGAUCUGUAUUUAUUAUUUGAAGCGAGUGAUUUCGUUUCCCUGCUUAUUUAUCCUCGUCUUAAUGUAUUUAUGUGUAUAUCUGUAGGAUUCUCCUGCCGGGCCUAGGUGCGCGCUGCCAGGCCCUGGGGGCCACGUUUCACCUCUUUAGUCCCCUGGGUCUGAACUAGAGAAGGUAGUGUUGAAGUGGCUGGUGUUUGUAGUUGAUGUCAAGGACUGGGGUCACAAACGGUCCUUCCUGGGUAGUCAGGCCCCCCCCCCGUGGAAGCGCGCGGCCCACGCUCGUCGCUUCUCAACAGCCCAGUCCUCCCCACUCGACUCAGCUUCCUGAUUUCAAAUUGUCUGGUACUAUUUGAACAAACCUUUAGAAUAAACAUUUUUUUUUCUCAGUUGGAAGUGUAUCUGUGUUAAUCACACGUAUUUGCAGGCAGAUCACUCGGCCUUUAUCCCGCUGUAAGACCAAGAAAAAAAAAUUUUUUUUUAAAAAAAAGAACACUCUGAAAAAAACAUUUUAUUUAUUCGGAACCUAUUGGCGUGGAGAAAUAAAUACUUGAUUACGUUAAAGCUAUUAAGGUUGGACGGCAGUGAGGAGAGGGUGCCGACCUCGAAGUAGCCUAAGCGGGGUGGUUGCUAUAGGGCUUUGCCAAAGCAGCACCUGCCUGGCUCUUUCUACCACUUCUUUCUGUACAUGGUCGUCACGUGGGGGGACGGUUCGUUUUUCUUUUUCUGCAUUAAAGAAUAAAAAAUAAACUUUGGGAAAAAACCCUGACAAUCAAAAAAAAAAAAAAAAAAAAAAAAAAAAAAAAAAAAAAGAAAGAAA